AUGCAAACGGCGGCGACGGCGACGCCUUCUUCCUUGGCAGCGGCGCCGAGGACAGCAGCCACCAAGAUGUGCAACCACUGCUUGGAGCGAGGAGCCAGGACGUGUCGUUUAUGGCUCCGUGGUGGCGUCAACUACGGCAAAGUCAGCGGUUCAAGCUCCACCCAUGGCCAGGGCAGCUCUAAGUCUUUAUGUGCAUUGUUAGCAGCAACUAGGUGUUUUAUUUUUCUAAUUUGCUAUGAUUCUGGAGUGCACAAGGUACGAUCUUAUCAGCUCCCUCUAAGUACCAUGCACGAGGCCCUAGACACAGCUCUGAAACCCAUCAUGAAGAGCAUAGGCGGUCUUCAGCGGAGUGUUAAUGAACUCAAGAAAGAGAAGGCUGAGAACGAAGAGAAGGAGAAGCGUCUCAAGAAGAACCUGGACGACCUUGGUGACCAACUGGUGUCCGUGGUUCAAAAUGUGCAUGACCUCCAGAGCAACUUGCAUGGCGCCAUGCCUCCACCGCCGGCGAACAACUAA